UUAUUUCUUCUCUCUCAAGAAACAUAAUUUUUCCAACUCUUUUCUUACAGAUUUUGACUUUCAAUUUCUACUCCAUUUCCAAUUGAUCUGAAUCAUCUGUUGCCGGAAUCGGAAUCUCUCUAGAUCAUUCGAUCAUCGCGCGGUAUCUGAAUCAGGAGGAUUGUUAUGGCAUCAUCAGAUGAACCAGAGAUAGUUGGAAGGGGUUUUCUUGACAAAAAAGAAGAAGAAGAGAAAGGCGGAUUCAUUGAAAAGGUUAAGGAUUUUAUUCAUGAUAUAGGUGAAAAGAUAGAGGAAACAAUUGGAUUUGGAAAACCAACUGCUGAUGUUUCUGGCAUUCACAUUCCACAUAUCGAUCUUCACAGAGCAGAUAUAGUUGUGGAUAUUCUUAUAAAGAAUCCAAACCCUGUUCCGAUUCCUCUCAUCGAUAUAAGUUACUUGAUUGAUAGCGAUGGAAGGAAAUUAGUUUCUGGAUUGAUCCCAGAUGCAGGCACAAUUCAUGCACAUGGUUCUGAAACAGUUAAGAUACCAGUUAGCAUUAUAUAUGAUGAUAUCAAGAGCACUUAUGCUGACAUUAAGCCUGGGAGUAUCAUUCCUUACAAAGUUAGAGUGGAACUCAUAGUGGAUGUGCCUAUUUUCGGGAGGUUAACUUUGCCACUUGAGAAAACAGGGAAGAUCCCUAUUCCUUAUAAGCCUGAUAUUGAUCUCGAGAAAAUACAAUUCAAGAGAUUCUCUUUUGAAGAAACAACUGCUAUUCUUCAUCUCAAGCUGGAAAAUAAGAAUGAGUUUGAUUUAGGUUUGAAAGAAUUGGACUAUGAGGUUUGGUUGUCGGAUGUUAGCAUUGGAGGUGCUGAACUUGCACAAUCUACCCAAAUCGAUAAGAAUGGUAUCAGUUAUAUUGAUAUUCCAAUCACCUUUAGGCCUAAAGACUUUGGCUCUGCUCUUUGGGACAUGAUCAGAGGAAGAGGCACUGGAUACACCAUGAAAGGGAACAUCAAUGUCGAUACUCCCUUUGGUGAGAUGAAGUUGCCCAUUAGCAAAGUGGGUGGUACCACCCGCCUUAAGAAGAACAAAGAAGAUGGAGGUGAUGAUGAUGACGACGAUGAUGAGGAGUAAGUAGGGAGGGAUGGAUCGCGAAUAAUGUUCGACAUGUGUGUGCCUACAUGGACAAAUUUGACAUGUCGGUUUUGUACUAUUUAUAAGUUGGACCUAACCAAACUCGACUUUUGCAAGACUCUAUAAUUAUGGACGGUUUUAUCUGGUAUGUAGCUAAUGUCUUGACAACAUUUGCUUGCGUGUUGGAUUGUUUGUGUUUUGG